CACUCGAGCAGCGGGAUGAAGCGACGCCGCCAGCAGAGUGACAAGACACCACCUCCUCCUCCACCACCCCCGACCACUCGCCCGUUGCAUGCUGCAUCGCCCGACAGAGCCAGCAUCAUCGUCCGCACCACCAUUCACCCCCUCUCCGCGGUUGUGGCGGGCGGCAAACCACCUCCACCGCCACACCUCAAGCAUCAGUCUUUCCCCUCCCUCUCCACCCCACCAGUCUCGGAGGAGCGAAGAUGGCCACCAACAACUCCCGACUUCCGGCCCCGCCAGCGUCAAACGGAGUCAUCACAGGGCCUCCAAAAGGUGUCGUUGGGGGAAACCGGAAGAAGCAGAAGCGACGAGCGAAGCAGGCCGCCCCCGCGCCUCCCUCGCGCCCUCUCAACCUCCCCCCACCCUCCGGUCCCCUCCCAGGCGUAGAAUAUGAUGAAGAUCCGCUGGGAUACCGAUAUGGCGAUGGCGAGGACGAAGAGUUCGACUACUCCGAAGCCGAACAGACCUACGACCACUACUUGUCGAGCCACACCGGCUCGAAUGGGUACAGCAUGCCGCCGCCGCCCACCGGCAACAAGAAGAAGAAAAAGAAGAAGAGCAGCGUGGUGCCGCACGAUUACAACCCCGAGCUGCUAGGGAACCACAUGCCCCCGCUUCCCAAUCCUCCUCCACACGCCGCUGGGUACGACCUCGUGCACAAGGCCGGCGGCCCGUCGAUCUGGAACACAAGCUCGCAGCAGGAGCGGCAGAACAUCAAGGACUUCUGGCUAAGUUUGAGCGAAGAGGAGCGCAAAUCUCUGCUCAAGAUUGAAAAGGAAGCCGUGCUGCGCAAGAUGAAGCAGCAGCAGAAACACUCGUGCUCGUGCACCGUCUGCGGGCGGAAGAGAACGGCGAUCGAAGAGGAACUCGAGGUGCUCUACGAAGGCUAUUACGAGGAGCUGGAGCAGUACGCGCACCACGACCACCCACCCCUUCCCUCCACCGACGGCUUGAUCCCCGAGCCGCUUGAAUCCCACAGGCCACAUCCCUUGGCAGCACCGCCGCCUCCCAAUCCGCACCACCGGACAAGUCAGCUGCAAGAACACUUCGACGAUGAGGAGUUCAGUGGGGAUGAAGAGGAUGAGGAGGAGUACUCCGAUGAGGAAGAUGCCUACUCGGACGACAUCGAACCCAUACAUCGCAGUGGCGUGCCCGACUUCCUAACCUUCGGCCAAAACCUCACCGUCAAAGGUAUUCUCACACCGUGGCUCGAGAAGCUGUACAAUUGCAAAGCGCUGAAGCUGAAUCCUGCAGACAAUCUACUCACUGUCGCGGACGAUCUGCUGAAGAACGACGGCCGGAAGUUCAUCGAGAUGAUGGAGCAGCUGGCCGAGCGGCGCAUGCAACGGGAGAAUGACGCAGAGUACGCGGCCGCCAACCCCAGUCAUCCUGGCGCGUAUCCGCCGGGCGAUCCAGGCUACAAUCACGAGGACCCACUCGCCGCCAACGAUGAGUAUGACGACGAGGAGGCCAGCUACGAUAGCCAGGACGACUUUGACGAUGAUAUGGACGAAGAGGACGAGAUGGGCGGCUUGACAGAGGAGCAGCGGAUGCAGGAAGGACGGCGCAUGUUUCAGAUAUUCGCCGCGAGAAUGUUCGAACAGCGCGUCUUGACUGCAUACAAGGAGAAGGUUGCUGCGGAGCGUCAACAAAGACUACUCGAGGAGCUCGAGGACGAGACGAAGCAGGAGGCUCAGCGAGAGGCGAAAAAGGCACGUGACGCGCAAAAGAAGAAGGACAAGAAGAAGCAACAGCAGCAAGCCAAGGCCGAGGAGAAGGCGCGGAAAGAAGCGGAGAAGACGGCAGAGGAGGCGCGGUUGCGUGAGGCGGAGGAGAAGAAGCAGGAAGAGCAGCGGCGGAAGAAGGAAGAGCAACGCAAGAAGAAGGAGGAUGAGAAGCGGAAGCUGGAAGAGGAGCGAGCGAAGAAGGAAGCCGAGAAGCUUCGCCGCCAGCAAGAAGAGCAGCAGAGGCGAGAAGAGGCGGAGCGCAAAGCCCGCGAAGCCAAGGCUGCAGAGAAGGCGAAGAAGGACGAGGCUCGAAAGCGAGAGCGAGAAGAUCGGGAGGCACGGGAGAAAGAGGCAAGGGAUCGCAAAGCUCAGGAUGACAAGGAGCGCGAAGAAAAGACGAAGCCGGAGGGAGGCGAGGUCAAGGGCGGGGAGAAGGCUGCACGGCAAGCCGCGCAACCGGCGUCGACACCGCAACAGCCGCCGCCUCCACAGAUCCAGAAGCGUCCAUCGCAGCCAGGCAUGGUCGCUGUUCCGGGCGUCUAUCCGAAGCAACUCACCUCUGGUGUCUCGUCGCCACACCCGACUAUUGCGACCCCUGCGAUUCCCAAGGCUCCGACGCCUGCCAAACAGCGACAAACCUCCCAACAAGGUUCGCUCGCCUCAUCUUCUCCGAAACAGUCGAUCUCGCAAAUCUCUAGUGUUCCGAGCAAGUCUACCUCGCCCAGCAGCUUUCCGCCACAACAGCAACACCAACAACCUCACCCCACCGAAACCAUGGUGCAGCCCAAGACGGUCCUGCAGAAGCCAAGCACUCAGCAACAUCCUCCUUCGCAACCUCAGCAGCAGCACCCGAUGCCGCUCACGUCGCCAACAAUUCAGCCUCCUCCAGGAAUGCCGUUCCCCCAGCAAAAUCAUCCGCCGGGCUUUGGUGCCAUUCCGUCGAUGGGCUAUCCCGGGUUUCAAGGUCCUCCGGGCUCGAUGAUGCACGGCAACAUGGGUCCGCGGGGCUCUAUGCCGAUGUGGCAGCACCAGCAGCAGGCGCCGCCGGUGAAUUCGCGAUUCGGACCGCUGGGCAUGAACAACCCGCCGUCUGGCAUGAUGCCGCCGCAAGGACGUGGGCUUGGCAUGCCAUUCGAUGGGUCGUCUAACACUCAAGCACCGCCCGGGUUCAUGCCACAACAGCAAGCACCCCAACAAGCGCACCAACGAACGCCUCCGGCUGGUCAGCCUGCAAGCAUGGCGCCUGGCGCGGAUGCCCCGCGAACUAUCAUGACCUCACAUUCUCGACAACAGUCGACGAGCGACAAGGAGCGAUUCGAGUCGGCUGCGAACCAGCCCAUCGGCCGUCCCAUUCCUGGCUCGCACCCUGCGCCGAUUCAGCGACCGAGUAGCGUGAAGCCACAAGACCGCAGAGGCUCCAACUCGGAUCUCGAUGAUCUCUCCCGACAUCUUGGGAGCUCGGCACUGCUGGACGACUCGGACGAGCCGAUCAUGCCAAGCCUCACGGAGAACAGGAGAGCAUCGAACAUCGCAGCACCCACGCGACCCAACGCCAUGAACACCAUUGGAGGCAGCUUAGGAUCAAGUUUUGGAUCUACUCCCCUCUGGAAUAGCUCCAGCCUGCAGACGCCUUUCGGCCAGAGUCCAGGGCUUGGACAACCGAGUCUUUUCGGGCUGCCUCAGCCCGGCAUAGGCAGCUGGCCGAGCAAUAAUGCCGCCUUUGGCGCCAACAAUGCUUUUGGCACCAUUGGCACCGGCCAAAUGCGCUCUACCGGCACGGGCGGCAGUCGACCUCUCACCAUCCGCUUGGCAGUCUGUCAGGCAUGCAAGCAACUCAGCGCCAGCAGUCGAGGCGACAACGAUGGCUACCACGACGUCAACACUCUCCUCCGCCAAAUCGAAGUCAAUCGUACACCUCUUGACCCGCCCCCCACUCUCCGCGAGAUCGAGGAGAUCUGCGAAACCGAGGGCGAUAGUCAGAACGGUGGCGGCGAGCUCCAUGUUCGCAAGAUGCGAGAUAUGCUGGAGGUCAUGUGGACGCCGAACGUCGCCACGCCCGAAACUCGUUCACAUUACCCCGGCGCUCCUGGCGAUAGUGGCCUGGCGGGUUUGGGAGGGUUUGGAAGCCCCAUCCCAGGCAAGGUGUCGCCAUCUUCGGGCUUCGGAGCACCGGGUAUGGGAAGGAGUGGAGGAGGUGGCGGCUUCCAGAGUCUGGGUGCUGUCGGCUCGCCUUCGUCACAGCAGUCUCAUUAGGCUUAGCUAUGACGGGGUGAGGGAGAGGAGAGGGGGGGUUUGAUUCUUGGCUUUUGCGUGCGUGCGUGCUCGCAUUACGUGCGAAUGUGGACAGCGGUAUUCCUCGGCUGCCUGUGAUAGGGUCGAGUUGCUACUGUACCUUACCUUAGUUGAUUAAGAUGAGUAUUGACCCGCUCGCUCGCUCCGUGGUUGGAGUUUGAGCUU